AUGGUUUUCGGGUCAGAUCAGUCGGUACGCUUAGCUCUGGAAAAGCUCCCGAAGAUUGAAAUUCAUGGUCAAAAUCCGAUGGUGACUCACUGUACCAAACAGAAUCUGAAUCUUUUCGAAAAAGCCGCCGGUUCGGACGCGCAAUCUACUCCUCGUACCCGCUCUGAUGAGGUGUUUUCGUCUAAGAUGUCUGGUUCCUCAAGUAACUCGAACUCUGCAUCUCGUGUUCCGCCACCGCUGAUGGCUACACCGACAAUGCCAGCAUCACUCGGAUUCAGUUUGCGUAAUAACUCUUCACUAAUGGGUCAAGCAAUCACCAACAUACGUCAGAUCGGAAAUUCGGUGACAACCAGUCUGCAACAAGCCCUGGCAAGCCAGUCGAUGCAAAAUGCAAAUCAGCAACUAAGUCAACUGUCAAAUGCCCUCCCUACAGCAACUAAUGUGCUGGUCCCCCCCGUUGUCCCCCCCAUGUCCCUCACUGGAAGCAAUUCCAUUCUCCCGACUGCAUUCGGUCUACAGAAUACAUUGCCUACAUCUUUAGCCAAUGCAGCCCCCCAUGUAACUCCUAGUCUCAUACCGCAGCCCGUUCCAGUCCCAUCGGGUGUGCCUCCACCACUGAUGCAAUUAACGUCUACAGGAAGGCUAUCAGAAUCCGAAUUCGAAGAUAUCCUUCAACGCAACAAAACUGUUUCCUCGAGUGCAAUCAACCGAGCCGUCCAAGAUGCUGCAAGUGGUGAUUAUGCGAGUGCGAUUGAAACUCUGGCGGAGGGAGUGGCGGCCGUCACCACCGGGAUCGUAGCAAUCGUUCAAGAUCCCGUGACCGUCAUGAUCGGCACGAGCGCCAUGACCGACAUCGGCGUUCACGAGAUCGCGCAUCCAAUAGCAGCACCAGCUACUAUGGAACGCAGUCAUCCGGCCUACAACUACCUAAUAGUGGUAGUUUAUCAGGAGUUGCUCUCUCAGGACUGGGAUCGGGACAAGGCAGCGGUUCUGGCAGCACAGGCAGUACAUCUGAUCGCUAUCGAGAUUCACGUUACCGUCAUUGAGUCUCCCUCUCGACCGUUUCUCGCUUCCCAUCUGACAUUCACUAUUGUGUAUCAUUCGCCCUUGAAUCAUUUCCACCUGUUCAUAUUCUAA